CUUGCUGUGUUUGUGUCCUUUGACCGAAAAAUGGCCUUUUAUGAUGAACAUGUGUUGGGUUUUUCCCGUCUGAUGACUGUCCGCUUUCUCCGUGAUGUUUAAGAGCGCCUAAUAAACUCAAGGAUCUUUCCAAGACCCCGCCGUAAACUGCAAAUAUUUCUAGAAUUAGGGAAUUCUCCAGACGUGCAAUUAGACUGGCAAACAUUUGUGGAGACAAUGCAGCUACAGGCUAAUGUCUUUAUGGUGGGUUAUUGCGUCCAUUGAGAAUCGGGAUGGCUGUAGGUUGACCGUUGGCUGCCAGGUAGCGAGGGACGGCGCGCAGAGGUCCUACACGACGUAACAAAUGCGCGUCUUAAGCGAAAACUAAGAAAUACAUACACACGUUACGAAGCGGAGCUGUCUCCAUAGCACUGUAAACAGAACGAGAUUGUAUUGUAUGAUUAUUCGACACUUAAAAUGUCCGUGACUGAAGAGAGAAUUCAAGAAUUAAACAGACGAUUUCUGGAAUUUAUGAGUAAAAGCGAGAAUGUGGAAGGUGCGACUAAAGAAAUUUAUGACGACCUCCUGGACGAGGUUUUAAUGGGAUUUGUUUUCGAUGUACAUCGAACCACAAAAACUGGUAGUUCUGAUGUCGAAGAAGGCAUACCUGAUGAUGAAUCUUACGCUAUUGUAGAUUCUCCAGGAUUGGAUGUUUUUGGACAACAUCCUGUCAAAAAAUCCCAAGAAUGCAAUUGCCCAAAUUGUGAUAGAGGAGUUGCAGCUUGUCGUUUUGCAACUCAUUUAGAGAAAUGUAUGGGCAUGGGACGAAAUAGUUCAAGAAUUGCAUCAAGACGCAUAGCAAAUAAUUCGAAAGAUCUCAGUAACUUCAGUGGUGUUAUAAGCGAUGAUGAUGAUGAUGUUGAUUGGAGCUUAAAUAAUGAUAAGCGUAAACGCAGGAAAGAUCGUAAUGGUAUAAAAAGAACAAAACAACAAAAAAGUAGUCAAAGGAAUGGUGAAACUGUAAGUGAACAUAUUCAUAGCAGUAAUGAGAAUUCUCCAUCAAAUUACGAAAAUAUGUCCUUGGAAGAUAAAAGGAUUUUAUUAACACAAAUCUGUGGAGUAAUAUCAGAGCAUACAAAAAAGUUGUGUACGAGAUCUAUGCGGUGUCCACAACAUACAGAAGAUCAAAGGAAAGAAAUGAGAGCAAAUUUGGAAUCUGGAAACAAUAUACAACCUAGUCAAGAUAAUCUUCAUGUAGAUGUAGAUACCUAUGAAGAAGGAGAUGGACAAAAUUUAAGAGAAGCAUUAGCGCGUUGGGAUCGUGAGGGAUCAAGUCACUCGAGUCCAGCGGAUUCUACAUCUACCACAUCUACAUCUUCAAUAAGUAGAAAACGAGAAACAAAGUCAAAAGGAAAAGGCAAAGGUUCCAAACGCGAUCGCGGUUCGCCCAUUUCACAAGGAGAUUAAAAUUAGUUUGUUUAAUUCAUUUUUUAAUUUUAUGAAUUUUCUAACAGGGAAAGUUAUGUAAUAAUAAUGUUCCUAUGCAUUGUAUAAAGCUUUAAGAAUAUAUUAUCCAUCACAAAAA